ACGCAUUGGUUAGAUGCCUGUACGCUGAUCGUCAUGGUGAAAUCAUAUCAUAGACUACUCUAGUGAGUGGACAUGGCUGAGAUUGAAUUUACUAUGGAGCUCAGCUUGAUAUAGCCUUGUUCACUUAAUGUUUGUUAUUGUUAUUCUGCCUGCUAGUUUAGCUAACGCUAGCUAGCUUAGCAUUUCACUCUCAUUGUCUGUCUUUUGCUGUACAGAAAUGGUUCCAUCAAAUCUUGGGGAAGAAAUGUCUACUGAAGUAGGUUUACCACCUGAGUGGGAGGACGAUGAACGGAUGAAUUUCCUGUUCUCUGACUUUAAAGAGAACCGAGAUGUCAGCACAACAGAUUGGGACAGUAAAAUGGAUUUCUGGACAACACUCAUUCUUAAAAUCUGCAGGAGUCGCGGAACCGUCUGUGUUCAUUUGCAGGAGCUGAACAAGAUUUUUCAGAGAAAAGGAAUUAUGCCUUUGGGUUUGGGUACUGUCAUUCAGUGCAUGGCCAGGUGUGGAAAGAUGCAAAGGGAGUCAGAGUUUGCAGCAAAUGUAGACUGUGGGUGGGUGUCUUGGGGUGUUGGUCUGUUGCUGGUGAAGCCUUUAAAAUGGACCUUUUCAACUCUUCUGGGUAGCAGUGGGGUUACUUUGAAGGAGUCGUUUGUCGUCAUCGAACUAGUAAAGGAGAAGGCAGCAGAAUUGCUUGGUGUCUACCGGAGCUCCCAAGUGGCCAACCACUCUCUCCUGUCCUUCCAGGAGCUCCGUACACUGUCGUCCGAUGUCUGUGUUGACGAGAGUACCCUGUGUAUGGCUCUGCUACAGCUGCAGAGGGAGAAGCAGGUGACAGUAUCACUGCAUGAAGGCGAGAAGAUUGUGAAGUUUUCUCAGCCAGGACAGGAUCAUGUGUCUCCUGUCAGUGAUGUAGACCUAGGCAUCUACCAGCUGCAGCGCAGUGAGAGACUGCUUGAAGAGAGGGUGGAGGCAUUGGGACUAGAGGCAGAGAAGUGCAAAGAAGAAGCUAGGGUGUUGCUGCGGGAAGGGAAGAAAUCUCAGGCCCUGAGGUGUUUGAGAAGCCGAAAGAGAGUCGAGAAGAAAGCAGACCACUUAUAUGCCCAGCUGGAAAAUGUGAAGGGAAUCCUGGACAGGAUAGCAAACUCACAGACAGACAAACUGGUGAUACAGGCGUAUCAGGCUGGAGUGUCAGCCCUGCGACUCUCUUUGAGGGAUGUGACCGUAGAAGGAGCUGAGAGCCUUGUGGAUCAAAUCCAAGAGUUGUGUGACACUCAGGGUGAAGUUAACCAAAUUCUGGCAGGUGGAGCGCUCAACUCAACGGAUGCAGACACAGACGGGCUGGAGGAUGAGCUAAGAUCUUUAUUGGAGAACUCUACUCUGGAUUGGCCUUCCACGCUACCUGAAGUAUCGUCACACCCUCUUUCACCUGUCAGGGAAUCUGGUUCCUUUUGUGAUGAUCUGCUGAGCGCUUUGCCCUCAGUCCCUCAAAGCCACUUCAAUAUCACAGAUGAUGAACUGGACAAAGAGUGUAGUCGCAUAACCCUUGCAAAUACAGGUCUUCAACAAAAAUAUCAUACCUCUCCAGUGAAGAGGGCUGAGCCUGCACAGUGACAACGCUAAUAAAAAUAUGUCAACUGCAAUAAUGAGCCCUGACCCUAAAAGAGUGUCUGGACAUGGUGAUCAAAAAUAAUUGGGUGUUGUCAUUUGUAACAUAGGUCUGUGAUCACUGAUCAGGGACUUCCUUUUUAAAUGCACUUAUACAGGGGCGUCAAACUCAUUCUAGUGAUUGCUGGUUUUCUUUAUUAACUUUCAGUUAAGACCUAGACAACCAGGUGAUGGGAGUUCCAUACUAAUUAGUGACCUUAAUUAAUCAAUCAAGUACAAGGGAG